AUGACGAGAGUCACGCUCGCAUCGCUCAUUGAGGUUGGUCUUUCACCCCGAUCCAUAUUCAACCUGGCCCUCGGCGUCAACGUUGGCUCUGCCGUCUGGGUAUCGACGAUUGGCGGUGUGAUCCUCUACAAGAAUGCGCCUCGCCCAUUGUUCGGGAACCUCCAAGCAAAGUUAUUGCCGCAAUACUUCAAGAUGACCGCUGGAUUAUCAGCCCUGAUGCUCGGAAUCCACUUCAAAUUAGGAUCUUCCCUUCAUCGGAGUUGCAACGGAUGCUCGGACUCAACCUACGUCUUACGGUACCUCUUAGCAACUAUGACUGUUAGCUCGUUAGUGAAUUUAUUCUAUGUUGGCCCCAAAACGACAGAAAUCAUGUUUGCCAGACACGAGCUGGAAGCCGCCGAGAACAAAUCGUACGACCAAGAGGACGCUAGCGAUCGAAUGAAGCAGCUCAACAAGCAGUUCUCGAAACUACAUGGGAUCUCGAGCGGUUUAAAUCUGAUCGGAUUCCUGGUCCCUAGCAUCUUCCUGGGUCUUUGGACUGGCGAGUACGGACUGUUCUAA